AGAUCAACAACUGUCAGCUCCCAGUCAGAGAGAAAGGGCCUCUUCAGUUCUGUCUCAGGAGACUGGGAGAAACAGCAGAAAGGACCCCACAAGGAAGGGAGAGGUACCCUGGGUCAGGCACCUGUGGAGAGAGGGCUUCGCAUGUGAAGUGACAUCAGGGAAAAUAGGACAGAAAAAAAGCCAGGGCCAGCCCAGAGGCACCUGAGAAGAAUCAGACUCACAGUUCAGCCCAGCCGUGGCACAGAGAAGAGACAGGCCUGGCAGCACCAAGGGACCCCCUUUCCUCAGCCUCCACGUGCAGGACAGCAGGAGCACUGAUGCGCUGAAGGGAUCCUGGCCUAAGCUGAUGAUUGUGCAGGCAACUGCAUCAGAGAAGACCCUUCUCUGGAAGAUUGAACCCAAAUUCAGCCAUGAUAACUCCUUUGACAUCAAACUGGUAAGGGCUGUGAACCGUGGGCACAGGAUACCACUCCUCCCAGCUCUUCUGCUGUGACCUGCCCAUGGAAGUCCCUGUGGACACGAAAUCCUGCUUGGAUCAUCUAACUGGAGGCUCUCUGUUCGUCACCUCCACGCGCCCUCUUGACCCCAGGAGGUUCAGGGGAGAAAGUACGCCACUCUCCACUGGCACCCUCCUUGGCCUACACAGAGUCGCCCCUGAGCCCCUCAAUGUGUGCUGAGGUGGGCCCUGCUCUCUGCAGGGAUAUGGAGAGAAAUAGCUUGGGGUGCUGUGAGGCCCCGAAGAAGCUGGGCCUGUCCUUCUCCAUCGAGGCAAUCCUAAAGAGGCCUGCCAGGAGGAGUGAUAUGGACAGACUAGAAGGGCCAGGUGGAGAGGGCCCCAGAGAAGCUGCGGCCUCAGGCUCUGGGCUAGAAAAGCCUCCAAAGGACCAGCCCCAGGAAGGAAGGAAGAGCAAGCGGAGGGUUCGUACCACCUUCACCACCGAGCAGCUGCAUGAGCUGGAGAAGAUCUUCCACUUUACCCACUACCCAGAUGUUCACAUCCGCAGCCAGCUGGCAGCCAGGAUCAACCUCCCAGAAGCUCGGGUGCAGAUCUGGUUCCAGAAUCAGCGAGCCAAGCGGCGGAAGCAGGAGAAGAUUGGCAGCCUGUGGGCUCCACAGCAGCUGAGUGAAGCCAGUGUGGCUCUACCCACAAAUCUGGAUGUGGCUGGGCCCAUGUGGACAACCACUGCUCUGCACAGACUGGCUCCUCCCACGAGCUGUUGUCCAUCGGCUCAAGAUCAGCUGGCCUCUGCCUGGUUCCCUGCCUGGAUCACCCUCCUCCCAGCACACCCAUGGGAAACACAGCCUGUCCCAGGUCCUCCCAUCCAUCAAACUUGCAUCCCUGUGCUAUGUGUCCUUCCAUCUCCACACCCCAAAUGGGGCAGCAUCUGUGCUACUUCAACAUAAAGAUUGGACAUGCUCUCCCCAAAUGAGCCACUUUCCUCUCCAGGGGAAGGCAGGUAGCAGACGUGCCUGGGCCUCUGGGGAAAUCGAUCUCACAAUCCAAAAAUGGCCCACUGCCCAGGAAGCUACCCUGAACAUGCCAGUUAGAAGGCUGCACCAGACUCAAAAGCAAAGUAAACAAUAAAGGACAGCUUUCUUCUCUCCCGGCUAAAGCUGCUCUCCUGGUUCAGAAGACAGGCUGGAUGAGAUCUCAGGCCAAGCUCUGAAAUAGGGAGGUAAUCCUCCAGCACCUGUGUUUCCUCUAACUUGCUGUGUGACCUCCAGCCGCUCACUCACCCUCUCUGGACCUCAUCUGUAAGAGGAGCCAGCUGGAUAAGAUGAUUUCUGAAGACCCUUCCUUCCAUGGGGGGCACUGAGGCACAGAGGAGGCCAAGGAGAGGUUGUUUGUUCCUGCAUGCAUUCAUCCAUGACACAUGAGUACCUACCUCCAUAAACAGAAUGGGAUGUAGAGAUAAUUCAGUUUCUGUCCACGUUUGUCAAAAGGUGGUGCUGGCCCACCUCUGAAAGUAGAACACUCGCUCAACAACCUUGCUGUUGGCCCAAGUCUAACACAUUCUUGAUGACUGUAAGCAUCUCAGAGUGAGAGAAAAAUGUAGAAAGUUUUUUAAAUUCUGAACAGGAUUUAGUGUCUUUAGUUAUCUUGCUGGAUGGGGAAGGUAUGUUGUCAUUUCUGGCACAAAUGAAAAGUAGGACGGAAAGCUCUUUUCAUCCAGUUUAUCUUUCCAGGAUAUAUGAAAAGGGACCAGCUGGAAGACCAGCCUCACUCUGUCCUCGAAAGCCUGAGCUUUCAUUCAACUCCCUAUUUCCAUGCAAAGACCCUGGGCAAACCACAUGUUCUGUCUGAGCCUCAGUUUUCCUAUCCGUAAAAUGAAGGUAGCCAGGCCUGCCUCAAAGAGCAUUCAGGAGGCUCUGAGAGGAUAUGAGAGUACUUUGCGAAGUGAAGGCGAGGCCCAUUGUGGAGUGAUAUUGUUAUUCCAAGAUUCCACUGCAAAAGUGGCUGCUUUGGAUCCCAGCCCAGGAUGAGUAGUUCCUGCUCUCAGGGAGGUCAUCCGCUGAGCAUCCCUUCUGCACAGGUGUCUCUGAUUCUUGUCCUUGCAGGUGGAGGACAGGGCCUGCUCCCCUAAGCUGGAAGCCUGGAAUGACCUCUUGCACAAGCCUAAAUUCCAGGAAUCGUCCCCAAAUCCCAGAUCCUCUGCAAUCUACCUGCACCCCUGACCCAGCCAGGAGUUGGACCGGGAGAUGGGAAGCCUAGGUCUUAGUCCUACACUCCUUCUAAUUUGCUGUGUAACCUUACCAUUAAUCUCUCUGGGCCUCGGUUUUCUCAUCUGUAUUGGAGGUAGCAGUGCUAGCUCUGCCUUCAGGCAUGCAAUAUGCCAGAACUACAGACAACAGCCCACAGAAUGCAAAAGUGCUUUGCCAUCUUAAAAGUGCCAGAUCACUCAGAGCCUAUGAACGUGGAUAUCAACACCAGGUCUCUAGCACCGCUGGAUGAAAGGAGAAGGCUAGAGGCUGAGGGAGGAAAGAGCAGUUAACAAACAAAGGCAGUAGCUCAUCACUUGGGUAGCAGGUACCCGUUUUAGGACCCUAAACUCAAAUGUGCAAAAUAAAAUUUCUAUCAUUUUGCUAUAACUGGAUUUACUUUCUAUGUUGUUUGCAGGAAAUGUAUUCUGGUAACUUCUAGGUUACUGAUGCCUCAGGCACUUCAGGUUUAAAGGCAGUCACUUGAAAUCGUUGCCCUCUGUUCCCCUUCUUCCGACGGGGGUCUUUGCUAGGCUGAGGGGGAGGGUUGGAGAAGUGUUUAUGCAAAUGCCACCUCCAGCCUCCCAGAGGGGACGUUUGCUUCCCAGCUUUCUCAGUCUCCUACUAGUGUCUUAUCUAGCCUGGCCUUGGGCAUGACCCCUCUGCCCUAGAGAUGUAUCACCCCAUUCAACUCCCCGUUGGGGGGUUCACUCCACAUCCUCCACUGUAGCCUCUCACCAUAGUUGUGAAUCCUCGCUGGCUUCCUCUCUCUCUCAUGAGCAAGAGGAAAAGCUGACAACUCUCCCACACACUUCUAGGGCCGUGGGAGCCCUGGGCCAGGCAGCAGGUCUCACUCAUUCUAGACCUCACACAGCCAUUUCUCAUGCCCUGGUGGUAGGAAGGCCAUGGAUGAGACUUGCAGAUCUCCAAACUUGUAAGAGGGAUGGAAAAGAUGCAGGUCCCCUCUGCUCUGGGGUCCCACUCCCCUUUCUCAGCAACAUACUCUUCUUCCCCAGGCUCCUCUUGAAACAGGAUUUUCCCAACCAUAGAGAUUCAGAUGACCAGAUGUCUCAGCUUCACUACUGAGGUAAACAUUGAUUUUCUGAGGCCAUUUCUUUCCCCCUAGGAAUUUUCUCCCCAAUAAUUAUUUUUAUUCCCUUUACCUUAUGUUUGUGGAAUAAAGGAAUCACUUUAGAACUCUUGCCAGCUGUGUGACCUUGGGCAAGUGGCAUGUGCCCUCUCUGUACCUGUUCCCUGGAUAACAACAAUUUCUUGCCUCUUAGAGUUUCUGUGACAAUUAAAUGAGUUAAUACAUUUUGGCACAUGGUGGGCACUCAAGCCAUAUUAAGAAAAACUCAUUUUCCCAGAUACACCUUCUACCUCUUUCUACUUCUGAGCUUGAGCAUCCAUUCUGAUCUCAAGCUGUAUUCCAGGAGUUCUUAAACCAGUCUCCAGGAAGUCGAGGAGCUCCCAAGAGACUAUGCAAAAUUGUGUGUAUCUGUGCGUUUAUUUUUUCUAGGGAAAGGGUUCAUUGCUUUCAUCAGCUUUUCAAAGAGCUCUGGGGCUUAAAAUAAUAAUAAUAAACAAUCCCUGUCAGACAUAUCUGAGUCAGAUCUUGACAGCUUCAUAUUCUAGCUAUGAGGACUAUAGACUUGAAAGAAGAUCAAGGAUAACUAUUUUAGAAAGGUAAAACAAAAAAAUAUUGCUAUGGUUUGAAUGUGCCCCCCAAAAGUGUGUGUCAGAAACCUAAUCACUGCUGUAACAGUGUUAAGAGAUAGAACUUUUAAGAGGUGAUUAGGCCAUUAGUCUCUGUCCUUAUGAAUGGAUUAAUGUUGUUAUUACCAGAAUGUGUUCCUUAUAAAAGGAUAAGUUCAGAAUCUCUCUCUCUCCACCUCCCAACCCCCAGCACCUUCUCUCCCCUUCUCUCCUCCACUUCUCCACCUUUUUCCUUCCACCAUGGUAUGACACACCUUGACAGCAAGAGGGCCCUCACCAGAUGCCAGUCCCUUGUUCUUGGACUUCCCAGCCUCCAGAACCAUGAGCCAAUAAAUUUCUGUUCAUAUAUUAAUUACCCAAGCUGUGGUAUGCUGUAAUAGCAGCACAAAAUGAACUAAGGAAGAUAGAAAAUGAACAAAUGCCCAAGUUUUAUUUAGCUCAUUAAUUAAUGAGAGAACUGCUAAGAUGUCAUAACCAGCUCAAAGGUGAACAUGCACACAUAUUAAAGGAACAGACAAGCAUACAGGCAAUCAGGAAUGCUGAAAUGAAUUACAAAUAAAGAAAAACAAGAGUCAAUAGCCAUAGGGAAAUAACCAAUUUCAUCUCCACCAAACAUGACUUAUUUGCAUUUCUAGUGACAAGAAUCACUUGCAUUUCUAACCAUUUUCUACUCAUUUAAGUUGAAAAAUAGCUCAAAGAUAAUAAAGAUGCAGAUAUUCUGAAAGAAUGUGCUAGACAAAAUACCCUGUAAUCUUUAUGGGCCCUUUUCAAAAUCUUUCAAAAAUUUGUACCCGCAUAAAGUUACUUUGUCUAUCUGAAUCUCACUUUCCUCAUCCAUUAAAUGGGGAUGACAAGACCUGCCUCAGAAGAUUGCUGUGAAGGUUAUAUUAGAUGAUGUGCAUAUAGUUUUGUGCUUAUAAAACACUUCAUGUGUGUAGGAAAUCUUUAUUGCUUUUCAAGCUCCUCUAGAACUCAAGUUUAAAAGCCCAUAUCUGUAAAGUGUUCUGAACUACAGUAACAUUUCUUUAAUAUCCAUUGACCUUUUAUAGUUCAAUUUCUUAAAAGGCUAACCUGGAGGCCAAGGUGGGUGGAUCGUGAUGUCAGGAGAUCGGGACCAUCCUGGCUAACAUGGUGAAACCCCGUCGCUACUAAAAAUGCAAAAAAUUAGCCAGGCGUGGUGGCGGGUGCCUGUAGUCUCAGCUACUAGGGAGGCUGAGGCAGGAGAACGGCAUGAACCCAGAAGGCGGAGCUUGCAGUGAGCCAAGAUCAUGCCACUGCACUCCAGCCUGGGCGACAGAGCAAGACUCCAUCUG